AUGGAGGAAUAUAUUAAAGAGAAUUUGGAGCGGGGGUUCAUUAGACCUUCUUCUUCCCCUGCGGGGGCUGGGGUUUUUUUUGUCAAGAAGAAGGAUGGGACUCUUAGACCCUGUAUCGAUUAUAGAGGGUUAAAUAAGAUCACGGUCAAGAAUCGUUACCCUCUUCCUUUAAUCUCUGAACUCUUUGAUAGAGUGAAGGGGGCUGUUAUUUUUUCCAAAUUGGAUCUAAGGGGUGCCUAUAAUCUAAUCAGGAUAAGGGAGGGGGACGAGUGGAAGACCGCUUUUAAUACCCGAGAUGGGCAUUAUGAAUACUUGGUAAUGCCAUUUGGUCUGUGUAACGCCCCCGCUGUUUUUCAAGAACUGGUUAAUGAUAUUUUCCGUGAUCUUUUGGGUUGGUUUGUCGUUGUGUAUUUAGACGACAUUCUAAUUUUUUCUUCGAAUUUGUUUUCCCAUCGUGCUCAUGUUCGGGAGGUUCUAUCCAGGUUAAGGCAGAAUCAUUUGUAUGCUAAGCUUGAGAAAUGUCUAUUCGAAGUCUCUGCUGUACCUUUCCUUGGAUAUAUUAUUUCCCAAACUGGUCUUGAGAUGGAGCCCACUAAAGUCCAAGCAAUUCAGCAGUGGGCACAACCUCUUUCUUUGAAAGCGAUCCAGAGAUUUCUAGGGUUCGCUAAUUAUUAUAGGCAAUUCAUUCUGAAUUUUUCCAAAUUGGUGGCCCCAAUUACUGCCUUAACUAAGAAAGGGGUUGACCCUAGUAUUUGGUCUGCUGAGGCUGUUGAGGCCUUUGAUCUCUUAAAAGAGGCCUUCAUUUCUGCUCCAGUUCUUCGGCAUCCAGACUCAUCUUUGCCUUUUAUUGUUGAGGUCGAUGCGUCUGAGAUUGGUGCCGGAGCAGUAUUAUCUCAACAGCAUCCUGUCUCUGGUAAAAUUCACCCAUGUGCCUUUUUCUCAAAAAGAUUUUCCUCUGCUGAGGUCAACUAUGAUAUUGGCAAUAGGGAAUUAUUGGCCAUUAAAUUGGCAUUUGAGGAAUGGAGACAUCUCCUUGAGGGUGCCAACAAAUGGGCUGCCCCAAUUGUAGUGGUUCCUAAAAAGGUUCCUAUUAGACUUUGUGGUGACUACAAAGUCACUGUUAAUUGCUGUUUAGAACCAGAACCCUAUCCACUACCAAAUGCUGAGGACAUGUUUGCUACACUUGCUGGAGGUAAAUACUUUAGCAAAAUUGAUUUAUCAAAUGCCUAUCAACAGCUAGAGCUGGAUCCAGAUUCAAAACCAUAUCUUACCAUCAACAAACACACGGUUUUGUUCCAAUACCAGCGCUUGCCAUUUGGAGAAUCGACAGCACCAGCAAUUUUUCAGCAUGCAAUGGAUCAGAUUCUGCAAGGAAUCGAUCAUGUAGUCUGUUUUCUGGAUGACAUUUUGAUUACAGGUUCAUCUGCUGAAGAGCACUUGGCACUGUUAGAUAAGGUGUUAUCAAAAUUAAAAGCAUCUGAAGUGCAAGAUCAUGGGAAUGCAGAUGCUUUAUCACGGCUUCCAUGCCCACAUACAACAGGUGUCCAUGAAGAAGGUGUCGUUUUUCAAGUUUCAUUUGCAGAGGAACUACCUAUUUCUUGCAAAAAUAUUGCAGCUGCAACAAGUCAUGAUCCUCUUCUGUCAACAGUCUAUUACAAAAUAUUUAAGCCAUAUUUUGAAAAGAGAGAUGAGCUUUCCAUAUAUCAAGGUUGUUUACUAUGGGAAAUACGGGUUGUCAUACCACCAAAAUAUCAGCAGAGGCUCUUGCAUGAACUCCAUGAGGACCAUCCAGGUGUAAACAGGAUGAAAGCACAAGCUUGUGGUUACCUCUGGUGGCCAGGGCGUCUCUGGUCUCCAGGAACCAUUUGUCAUAGACGGGGUCCUCUUACUUUUGAUGUGCAAAUUAGUAACCACCACAUUCAUGUUCAUGUGGAUCAUCUAGAUCCAGAUAAGAGUGUGUCACUAAUACCUCCUUCUUUUUCUACAAUGGACUUUCAAGUACCUGUAGCACCCUCACAGGAAUUACCGGCUGCCAACACUUCACCCAGUCCGAACAGCAAGCACGCAAGCCUCCUGAGAGAUUGA